AUGGAUCGAGCAAGCUUCCUGCAGUUUGGAAGUGACCCGUUCGGCCUUCUUAGUGGUAUACUGACGAGAUUAAACAAUGGCGUCGUCGCAGGGAUGUUCCGUGCCCGUCAGAAAGCCUUGCAGGGCGCUGUCGUGCUAUCCGUGUUGGGGCUGCUUCUCUGGAUCUCCGCCUUUCUAUACGGUAGUUUCUACUAUUCCUACAUGCCCAUGGCUGCUUAUUCCACACCGGUAUACUAUCACUACAGGACAGACUGUGAUUCCCCAUACUCUUACAUGUGCUCCUAUCCUGUGGCCAACAUUUCUCUGAUGAGAAACGGCAAAUCUGUCUUGACAUUCGGCCAGGCCUAUCAAAUAACACUCGAGCUGGACAUGCCUGAUUCGGAAACCAACCGGGAGCUCGGCAUGUUCAUGAUCAGAACAACUUGCUUCUCUCGUGCAGGCGGUCAAGUGGCGACGUCCGCUCGCUCCGCAAGGCAGUUGCUCUCUGCUUCAAGUUCUCGCUUUAGUAUGCUGCGGUACCAGUCCAACCUUCUGAGGACAAUGACAACCCUGCUGUCCUUCCCAAUGCUCCUGAGUGGAGUUGCUGAGCAGAAACAAGUGUUGGGUGUGGAACUCUUCUCAGAAUACAAAGAUGACCCAUACUUCCCCUCGGCCACGGCCGUCAUUGAGAUAUUAUCCAGCAAGGUGCAGAUCUACUCGUCCCAGCUCUACAUCCAUGCUCAUUUCACGGGUGUAAGGUACUUACUGUACAACUUCCCAGUCCUGUCAGCUGUUGUGGGCAUGUCCAGCAACUUUAUCUUCCUCAGCAUCCUCUUGGUCUUCAGCUAUAUGAGGCUACUGUUUGGGAGGCCAGUUCAAGUAACACAGGUGUCUAGAUGUAUGUAUUACAACAUGGAUACGCCUUGGCAACGUGUCCCGAACUUGCAGGUGACACGAACGCUAAACCACAACUCUGUGCCGACAAGGGAGGUUAGAUGCAGUGGUUUCUUGACUUCAGGAGAGCAUGACGACCGCACGGGACCAAUUAAUCGCAACCGUAAAGGCAGAAAUUCCAAUAAAGGUCGCGCUCACGACCGUUUCCGCAGAGACCGGCAACGUGGUGGCGGGGGUGGCUUCGGGGGUCCUGGACCACGGUCCAGACUCGAAGACAUUGAUGGAGAUGUAGCAAUGAACGACAGCAGUCAAGACAGCAGCAAUCACAGCAGAUUCACACCCUACGGAAGGCACCCUCGGAAGGAUGGCCGAGACAGGCGACAAGGAAAGGGUGGAGGUGGUAGAGGAGGCGGCUUCAGAGGAGACCGAGGUGGUGGAGGCCGAAACCGCAGCAGUUGGUACAAAGUGACUAUUCCUCAUGGAAAAAAAUACAACAAGAAAUGGUUGUUAACUGCGCUUCAGAACAUCUGCUCUGUAACUUAUACACCUGUUCAGUACCACGUUGACGGUACGCGAGUCCAUUUCUAUUUGGAUGAUCCCACUGCAGCCAGCGCACUGCAUAAGUGCUCCCACAAGAUCACUGACACAGACGGUUACAAGGUGGAAGUUCAUGUCAAUCCCAGCAAUCCACCAAACCUCCUCCUGUCAGACCUAAAGCCUGUGGAUAUCGAACAUUUAAAGCAAUGUAUGUCCAAACGUUAUGAUGGCUCCCAACUAGCUCUGGAUUUAAACAACAUCCGGACAGACCCUGACUUGGUCUCCCAGAAUAUUGAAGUCAUCCUGAAUCGAAGGACACAUAUGGAAACUGUCAUCAAGAUUAUUGAAGAGAACAUUCCAGAGCUGACAGGCUUGAACCUGAGCAACAACCGUAUCCAGAAACUGGACGAACUUAGUGAAUUGGUCACAAAAGUGCCGAAUUUGAAGAGCCUGAACCUCUCCCACAAUGAACUUAAGUUGGACCGUGACCUGGACAAGUUGAAAGGUCUGAAACUGGUGGAGCUAUGGCUCGUCAGGAACCCCUUGUGCGACACCUUCAAGGAUCAGGCCUCGUACAUCAUUGCUGUACGAGAGAGGUUUCCUCGCCUGCUUAAACUUGAUGGUAAUGACCUGCCUCCUCCCAUUGGAUUCGAUUUGGAAACCCCAACCACUAUCCCUCCUUGCAAGGGAAGUUAUUUCGGGUCUGAUGAAAUCAAGGGCCUCAUCCUUCGAUUCUUGCAACAGUACUACAGUAUAUACGACUCGGCAAACAGACAGCCUCUCCUGGACGCUUACCAUGACGGCGCAUCGUUGUCUCUCACAAUUCCUUUCUCCUACCAGAAUCCUUCCAGGUCAAGUCUGGGAGAGUACCAAAAAGACAAUCGAAACCUGAAGCGCAUCAGAGACUCCACGACCCGCUUCAAACUGCUGAAACACACGCGUCUCAAUGUGGUGGCUUUUAUUAACGAGCUGCCCAAAACUCAGCAUGACAUCUCCUCCUUUACCAUUGACGUGAAUACCUACACUAACACACUACUUUCAUUCACUGUGAGUGGAGUCUUCAAAGAGGUCGCUGUCAAUGGGAAAUCCCGAGACUCCACCAUGGCUUUUUCACGGGUUUUCAUCACGGUGCCUGCAGGAAAUGCUGGUCUGUGCAUCGUCAACGACCAUCUCUUCAUCCGAUUGGCCUCGACGGAAGAGAUCCGCAAAGCUUUUGUGGCGCCUGCCCCGACGCCAUCUUCCAGCCCUGUGCCCACUCUCGCCGCACCUCUGCAGGAGAUGCUCACAGCCUUCUCACAGAAGUCUGGCAUGAACCUGGAAUGGUCACAAAAGUGUUUACAAGACAAUGAGUGGGACUUUGACAAAGCGGCACAAAUCUUUACACAGUUACAGACGGAAGGAAAAAUCCCUGAUGUUGCGUUCAUCAAAUAG